CGGUUUGCGGUUUGUCGGCGGAGUGCUGAGGCUUCACGUCGGUUUCCGGUCCAAGAUUUCAACACGUUAAGGUUUACCUAAUAUAAUACUUGUCCCGGAUAGAGAAAGACUCGUGAUUUAUUUUUUUUCGUGAGAACUGAUUUUUCCUGCAGAUCAUUUCUGAAACAGAAUGGCGGAUCAGCUGACUGAGGAACAGAUUGCAGAGUUCAAAGAGGCGUUUUCCCUCUUCGACAAAGAUGGCGAUGGCACCAUCACCACCAAAGAGUUGGGAACUGUGAUGCGUUCACUUGGCCAGAACCCCACCGAGGCCGAGCUGCAGGACAUGAUCAAUGAGGUUGAUGCCGAUGGCAACGGAACAAUAGACUUUCCAGAGUUUCUGACCAUGAUGGCCAGGAAGAUGAAGGAUACAGACAGCGAAGAGGAAAUUCGAGAAGCCUUCAGAGUCUUUGACAAGGAUGGAAACGGCUACAUCAGCGCAGCUGAACUGCGUCAUGUCAUGACUAAUCUUGGUGAAAAGCUGACAGACGAGGAAGUAGAUGAGAUGAUUCGAGAGGCUGACAUUGAUGGUGAUGGGCAGGUGAAUUAUGAAGAGUUUGUGCAGAUGAUGACUGCAAAGUGAAAGAUGUCUUCCAUUCUGUAUCUCUUUUACAUUGCUUGUCCUACUAAGAUCACUCUGUCUUUAGAAAAUAACAGAUCAGAAGUUUACUUCAGUGAAAAAUCAGAAUUUCAAAUUUCAAAGACACCAACUGAAAUAGAACUAAAGCGUAUUUUGUUGGGGGAAAAUUGCAGCGUUGUUCCAGCAGAUCUGACUGGAUCAAGCAUAACAUGAGCCUUUUUGGUGCAGAAUUCUUUAGAUCUGGCAUAUUUUGACAACAGUGGCACUCCCAAGUAAAAAAUUAAACAGCAUACAUGUGUAGGAUGUGGUGAACAUUUCUCUUCAAAUAUAAGCAAAAUAACCAAAUUAAAAAUGGUAAUUGUCAUAAAGGAUCGAAACGAUGCAUUCAAUUAGAAAACAGUUGCAUGUGCCCUUUGUGGUGAGGUCAUGCUUUAACUCCAACUCUGCUGCUCUUUUUCACCCUAAAAAUUGAAAGGUAGCACAACUGGAUGUAUAUACACUGAUACUGUAUUAUACAUCAUAAUAUGUACGUAAACAUCCUCAAUUUAUGUAACACUGAAGUGUGAUGGAUACUGAGCUGAAAUUUCAUGUUGGCCAGCAGCUAGAUCUGACCGGUUUUGUCUUCAUUGUGACAGGCUGUAGUUGUGUGUGCUGGCUAAAACCCUCCUACAAGCACUGAUGUACAGUAUAAAGUACAUAAACUAAAGAACUGAAUAUAGGUUGACUAAUGUAAAUGAAAAUUUGGAGAAGAGUCAUCAAUGCUAUUUAUCAGUGUUAAGCUUUUUAAACGUUUUUCCACUGUGCUCGUCUGGUGAACUUUGCAUCUCCUGUUGUUGUAAUAGCAUGAUCUGUGCGUUUGUUUUAAUCAUGAGAUGUGCCAUAUACUCUUUAGCCACAGUCUACUCGCAAAACAACUUUUAGUCACUUAAGACAUAUAUAAAACUGAGGAAUAUGUACACACGCACACUUAUAUUUGCAUUUUGGUGUUAAAAAUAAGUAUUUUCAUUUACAGAUGGAUAUGUUGGCACUACUUUAACUAGUUGUUUGUCUCUUGCUUUUGUGGGUUUGUCAGAGCUUCUUGUUCAGUCUCUAAAUCUCAUCGGCGCUUUGCUUGCAGUAUGACUGAAAAGGAAAAAACAACAACAAAAAAAAACAGGGUCCAUUACAGGAGGACGAAGAUGAUUUGUUUCACUUAUACUAAGUAUCGUUGGCUUUUGGGGGUCGUUAUUAUUUUGGUGAUUUUGUUGUGGGCGAUGCAGAAUUAUACUGUUCUACUCAGAGCAGACUUUUUUUGGGGGGUUUAGUCAGAUGUAAAAAUGAUAAAGGAUCAAGGAUUCAACAUGUGAAAAGUGUAUGAAUAAUAUGCACUAUAUAUAUAAAAUGUUUUCCAAUAAAAAUAAAUGUAUACUUUAUGCUUGCA